AUGUCCAAUCCCAAACCCUCAAUCGGCUUCGUCGGCCUCGGAGCCAUGGGCUUCGGCAUGGCAACCCACCUCGUGAAAGAAGGCUACACAGUCCACGGCUUCGACGUCUUCCCAGCCUCAGUAGAGCGCUUCGCCGCCGCCGGCGGCAUCCCCGCCUCUUCACUACAGGACUCAGCGACGGAUAAGAGCUUCUACGUGUGCAUGGUUGCGUCCGCGCCGCAGGUGCAGAGCGUGUUGUUCGGGGAGAAUGGCGUAGUCGCAGCACUACCGCAAAACGCAACCCUCCUCCUCUGCUCCACCGUCGCAGCAAGCUACGCGCAGUCCGUCCUGGCAGAACUAUCCCGCGUCGGCCGGGGCGAUAUAAACCUCAUUGACGCACCGGUAUCAGGUGGCGCUCUGCGUGCCGCAGCCGGCACGUUGUCCAUCAUGGCGGGUGCCAGCUCUGACGCACUAGCGGCAGGUAAGGAGCUGCUGGAGGUACUAUCUGAUGCAAACAAGCUGUAUCUUGUUCCUGGGGGCGUGGGCGCGGGCAGUAACAUGAAGAUGGUGCACCAGGUGUUGGCGGGGAUUCAUAUUCUUGGUGCUAGUGAGGCGAUGGGGUUCGCUGCGCAGCUUGGGUUGGGGGCGUCUGAGACUGCGGAGGCCAUUCGCGGGUCUGGGGCGUGGACCUGGAUGCAUGAGAAUCGGCUGGGGAGGAUGCUUGGGGAGGAGUGGAAUCCGGGUGCUAGUGCUUUGACUAUUAUAUUGAAGGAUGUUGGAAUUAUUACCACAUCAGCGCGGCAGAGCCAGUUCCCGACUCCGCUGUCUUCGACGGCGGAGCAAGUUUAUCUCUCUGCGCUGCUGCAGGGGUAUGGGGCUUCUGAUGAUUCGUCGAUGGUGCGGCAGUAUUUCGGGGCGCCGAUCAUGAGCGUGGUCGGGAAGGAGGAUGCAGAGGCGCUGCAGCUCGUGCUGGAUUUGAUGGAGGUGACGAAUCUUGUUGCGGCAGCUGAGGCGAUUGCAUUCGCGCAGUAUCUUGAUGUUGAUAUGGAGCAGUUCUUUACUCUUGUUAGUGAUGCUGCGGGGGCGAGUCGGCAGUUUGUCUUGAAGGGACGGGAGAUGAUUGAGGGGCGGGCUGGGGGGGAGACGCUUGAUGCGGCUGCUGCGCGUCUUGAAAAGGCUGUGCAGAGGGCUAGGGAUCUGCAUUGUCCUUUGCAUUUGGGAAAUGCGGCUCUGAGUGUUUUGUUCCUGGCGAAGCGGUCUGGGUUGGGAGCUGAAGGGAGUGCUAGUGUGGUGAAGGCUUUUGGGAAGUAA